AUGAACAGAUUGACUCCAGGUGUGACAGUGGUCGAGAAAUCAUCCGUGAGCCAGAUCCGAGUCCGCUGGAAGGAUCGUCUGAGAGCGGCUAAUAGCAGGACACAGGAUGCUCGAAGAGCGCUACAACCGACGCGUUGCACAGUAAACGUGGAUUCGACCGUUGAACUGCCUAAUAAUGAUGGCUUCGGCAGCCAUCAAUUCUUUCACGGAAAGGGACUAAUUGAGCCGGGCUUGAGUGGCGGCAAGUGCAAUCGACUCAUCUCAAACAGCUUUUCCAAUCUUAGCGGAGAGAUCACAGCUGUUCAUGAAUGUGCGAAUCCGGAGGAGACAAGAGAGACCAAAGGGUCAAAAUUUAGGUUGAAGAUGUGCAAUAAUUUAUUGUCCCGGCUCUAUCUCGGAAAAAGUACCUCAAACCUCGUCAGUCUUGCUGGCAAUAGACAGAGUCACUUUAUGCAAAAUGAAUCCAACGCUCCGGGGCAUCCGUUGUGCGAUAGUUAUACGCGAUUAUGUCCACGACAGUGUGAUUAUAAGUUGGAUGACCAUCCGCUGCGCCAGCAAAUAUCACCGCCCUGUAAGCCGGGAUAUUUGGGUCUGGGUUCCUAUAUACCAAGUGGAGAAUUUUUUGCGAAACCCGGAGCUGCUAUGAACGAGCCUGAAGCAACGCAAAAGAUGUCUACUUCCACUGGACAUCCGGCAUCAUGUGAAGCUGGGGAACGUGAUCCAGUAAUGAAGAUGCCCAACAAGUCGGACAAUCGCAAAAAAAGGCAAAAAAAAGAGUUUACAAAGUGGCGGUUGUCAUCAUCGUUAGCUGACUUGGCGAACCAAGGGACUAGUCACAAGCAAGGGAAUUCAUCUCCGAUUCAGAAUCAUAACGUUAGAGCUAUGCUUAAUCUACCUAUUCUUAGUGGGACCACUUCUAGCGUUGACACCUCGGCCCAUUCAGGAGCAACUAAAGAGGUCAAGAUCAGAACGAAGAGUCAAGCGAUCUCGAGACUCGAGAAGGAAUAUAAAGACAAUAGGAUUGCCAACUUGAGUGGAAAAAACAUUAGACAGGCCAGUAGUCCUUCAUGUGAAGAUACAUUUACAAAUACAACAGUGAUGAAAGAAGACAGUAGCCAAAUUUUGUCGCCCUUUAGGCUUGCACAAAAUGAGGCAAUAAUAACAUCCAGCAAUCCAGUUAACCCUGAACCGGAGAGUCUGAGCGUUUUCAAGAUAACCAAAGAGUCUGAAGCCGUCGAAUACAAGCAGGAGGUUGUCAACACUCCACUUAACGAUGCGGCAGCCGAGCUUUCUACCGAUUUCUUCAGACCCUCGUUUCAUUCUGGAAAUUCGAAUGAAAAUUAUUGCCAAAGUGUUGAUAUCGCUAAAGGAUAUUUAGCAGAAAAAGACUUAAAUUCAGAUAGUUUACUCGAAAAGGAAUCUAUAAAUCCACUCGAUUCAGUAUCUGAUUCGUAUGCAGCAGCGAAAAGGCGGGAAGCUGAUUGCGAUGACAUAUCUCGGAUGGCAGCAUCCACUAUCCAAGAAGAAAUCAGAUUCUGUCCAUCAAAUGAGUUGCAAUUGAAUUACUUGGAGAAAGCAAAGUUGUGUGAUACGUUGCAGCCACAGAAUAUUGGGCAAAAUGCGAGCCGAGAUAAUAUAGUUUCUGUCUUUCAACUCUUAGAACGGCCUAUAGCUUCAGUAGAGAAGUGGAAUAUCCCCAGUUUGGAUGACAAAGUUAAGAGCCCUACUUCAUUCGUGGGACACAAGCUUAUGCCGUACGACUGUCAUGAUCAACUUAUAGAGGCUGUAUCCCAAGAUAACUUAUUAAAAACAUGCAGAGGUGUCGGCCAGUGCAACAUUCCACCUCUCCUAAUUUCUGAACGAGAUCACGUUCCUGCACGCAGUGGACCUUAUAUUGUGAGCAUUGCAGCUAAAUCCAUUCCUGAAAAUUAG